AUGUGGGAGCCAGAGCCGCUUAAGCUGACUGCCCGGCGCAAAACGUCAAAUCGAACAAAACGGGUGGUUGUGAGUGUCGGCACAGAUGCAAGCUCUAAACUAAAAGGACCGGUCUAUGUGAUAGAUGCAAACGCGACCACAGAGGAGGAGAAAUCUGCGAUCAGACGAUCAAGUUCCCCCGGGGACUCUGGCUCUGGGCAAUCGUCCAUGCCACGCUAUCUGAUCCAGGCGCACUUGUUUGCCGAUCUCCUAAUCAAAUGUGUUGUUCAGUACGAAUUAAUCCAGACUGUAGAUCAUAUUCUGUUCUAUUCAUCGCAUAGUCGUAACGAAGAUGCACACUACAUCAAUGCGGCGCGCUCUUUAGCUGCGGCAUCAUAUCCUGCUUACGCAGUGGCUUUGGUCACUGCAACAACGGCGUCCGCAUCCACCACUCCUGUCGAUCAAACUCCACCAGUGGGUCCAUCUGGUUGGAAUGACUAUUCACCCCAAUCAAGUGAGACACGAUGGUCUCCCAGCGACCCGGCGGGACAGCAAAAUCAGCAGGAGCAAGGUGGUUCUGCUGCACUCAACAUGAUGGAUCGGCCAGAGAAGUCUUACCAUGCUGAUGAAGACGAAGCUGAGGAAGAAGAACAGUCUUGGUAUCUCGGACCCAGUGGAUCUCGAGUACCUAUGGGCACCAGUCCUUUACCCCCAGACCCUCGAGGCAUGUUCAACCGUCUGUCUCCACAGCUGAGGCUCCGACUCGCGCGGUGUUUACUAGAAUCGCAUGCGUUUGCUAAACGAUUCAACUCGAACGAUGAGCAACGAAACGUGCUGUUUGAAGCCGGUUUCAAAGUCAAAGCCAAACCGAAUUUGCUCAAACAGGAAACCCACAGUUUACUGUGCGCGCUGCGGAUUCUCUUCCGAUUGGCCGAAGAAGAGAGUGAGCUGCGCGAGGAGACUGAAGAUCUCCUGGACCGGGUCAUUCUGGAUGCUUUAGCAUACUAUCACGGACUGGUGAUCGACGGACAUCGUCAAGCCUGGGACACCUGUCUGAUCCUUAUCAUCACUCAGCUCACUCGUCUCAGUCCGGCAACACGAUUUCACCGGCAUGCGGCCAAUCUCUAUGGUAGUGUGUGCGAUUUAGUCGCUAUGGCUGGUGGCGUUUCACCGGAGGUAGCGGCCCUUAUUCGUCUGUUUAUGCUUCGUUGCGGUGCCUUCUUCGUCCCACCUUCGUAUCGAACGGAUCCGAUCUAA